AAACGAAGAGGACUCUCUUUCCCCUUUUCUCACUUAUUCCGAUCAAAUCAAUAAAAAAAAAAAAUGGUACACCCAACAGCGUCAGCGUCACCACCACAAUCAUCACCCACGGGCCAAUUCUUAACUUCCGUGUUAUCACAACGUGGUCUCCCUUACGCUGAAGAUAUCAAAUGGCUAAUCCGUCAACAUCUGGUAUCUUUAACGACAACUUUUCCAUCACUUAACCCUAAAACCGCUACUUUUACACAUAACGAUGGCCGUUCCGUUAAUCUUCUUCAAGUUGACGGAACUGUCCCUAUGCUUUUCCAAAACGUUACUUAUAACAUCCCUGUGAUUAUCUGGCUGAUGGAAACUUACCCUCGUCACGCGCCUCUUGUGUUCGUGAACCCCACGCGCGAUAUGGUUAUUAAAAGGCAACAUUCUUUUGUUAGUCCUUCUGGGUUAGUUUCUAUUAAUUAUUUGCAUAGUUGGGUUUAUCCAAGUUCUAAUCUUGUUGAUUUAGUUAAGAAUUUAUCGCAUUUUUUCGCCUUAGAUCCCCCGUUAUAUUCACAACGUAGACCUAGUGUAAAUCCUGUUAAUCCUAGUUUGAACCAUGGACAUAGUUUUAGUAGUUCGGGAUCGGGAUCGGUUUCGGCGGGGUCGGUGCGGCCGGCGAUACCGCCUCGGACGUAUCCGCCGUCGCCGUACGGGAGUGGUGGGGUUGGGGGGACGGAGGAUCCCGCAGAGGUUUAUAGACGGAAUGCGAUUAAUAAGUUGGUGGAGAAUGUGAAUAGGGAUGUGGAGGAGUUGAGGAAGAAAAGGGAGGUGGAGAUGGAAGGGAUGUUUAACGCGCAGGCGGUGUUAAGGCAACGAGAAGCGGAGAUCACGAACGGGGUGAGGGAAAUGCAGUACGAAAAAGAGGCGUUAGAGCAGCAGUUACAGAUGGUGUUGAUGAAUACUGAUGUGUUGGAAGAAUGGGUGAAAGAGAAUGAAGGGAAGUUGUUGAGUGGCGGCGGUGAAGUGAAUGUCGACGAGGCGUUUCAGCUGGCUGAUGGGUUGUCGAAACAAAUGUUGGAAUGUACGGCUGCUGAUCUUGCUAUUGAGGAUGUGGUUUAUGCGUUGGAUAAAGCUGUUCAACAAGGUUCGAUAGCUUUUGAUGUUUAUCUGAAACAGGUGAGGUUGUUGUCACGAGAACAGUUUUUUCAUCGUGCUACUGCUGCUAAGGUUCGGGCUGUUCAGAUGCAAGCUCAAGUUACUAGUAUGGCAUCGAGGGCGCCUCCGUAUGCCAAUUGAGCAGUCUUUCGUUGGCCCUGUGUAUUGUGUGGAGAUAUCAGUUUUGCUUGGUACCUAUGGAUUUUGCUUGGUACCUAUGGUGCUUUCUGAACGUUUCCCACUUCCGAAGUUAUGAAUUUUGAUCCAGCUUUGGGACUUGAAGAACUUAAAAAAUAUUUAAUAUUUACUUUUAUUGGGAGUUGAUUAGCUUGAAGUACAUGGCGUGCAUGGUUCAUCAGCUUGUUUGGUGUUAGUUAAAUGGUGGCAGCUGAUUGCCCAUGAUCUGCUUAUAUACGUUUAGAAACAUAUAAAUGGUAAAAUUGGUUCAUCUCUUGUUAUUUAGACGGUACUCUUGUAUAUUGUGCUAAGUUGAAGACUUGACUUUGUAUAUAUGGAUAUAUCAUUGUUUUGGCAGACUUCUGCCACUCUUUGAUCA